CCUGCACGUGAUCGGGUCGGGUUCGUUAAGAAGCGGGAAAUCCUUCAAAUUCAAAUUUCAAACCCUUAUCCCUUCAAUUAAAUUCAAACAGUGCUCCAAAUUUCAAAAUUUUGACAACGAAAACCAAAAUUCUCUAUCUCAGAGAUGGAUUUGGAAAAUAUGAAAAGGAAACAGCUACAAGCAUUAUGCAAAGAACAUGGAAUUCCUGCAAAUUUAACCAAUUUGGAAAUGGCCGACAAGCUUUCUUCACUUCUUAAGGUAAAUGAUGAAAAACCCUUAACUCGAGGGCGAUCAUGUUUAAAGAUGUUGGAUGUGAAUGAGUCUGAUGUUGUUAAUAGGAAGGUAAAGAAAGUGAAGUUUAGUCCUGAUAAUGAAGUUAUUGAGUUUACGAGAUCGGCUCAAGUGAAAAGGGGAGGGAGGCGGAAGAUAAUGUUGUACAAGAACAAUUUGGAUGUUAGGAGUGAUGGGGUAAAAGUAGGCAUUUUGGAUAGUCCAGUUAGGGUUACUAGGUCGCAGGGAGUGAAUAUAGAAGACGGUGUUACUGAGAAAAAGGGAACGACAAGGCAGGUGAAAUAUAGUGCAAUUUCAGUGAAUAAGAGUAAGGAUGAAGUUGGAGUGACCACAAAAAGAACAUUGAAGAACAAGGAAGUAGUUAUUAUACAGGAAAAGAGGGAAGAAAAUGAGGGAACGAAUGAUGGUGUACGGAUGAGUAGAAGAGUAAGAAGUCGAAAAAAUGCUAAAGAGAGUGUAGAGGAUUUUCAAGAGGAGCCGAAGAUGGACAGAAGUGAAAAGGUAAUUGAUAGGGAAGAGAAGAGGGACAAGAAAGUGACAUUCGUUAGUGGUGGUCACAUGGAUGAGUGCACAAAGUCUGAAACAAAAGCCAAGGAGCUGAAAAGAGUAACGAGAAGAAAAUCUAUGGCUCAUAAUCAGACCUUGCCUGUUCAAAUUGAGGUUGAUACUGAAGUAAGGGAGGAGGUUGCGGAGAAGCCAGCUCGGGUUACAAGGUCUCGGAACUUGAAACCAGUUGAGGAUAAUGUCAGUAACAAAAGGAACCGGACUAGGGGUAAGAAAGCCAUUGAGACAAGUGAGGAAUUGCUUUGUACUGAAUUUGUUGAAUCUUCAGUUGAAGCUGUCAAAGAUGAAGUUAGAGUAAUCACAAGGGGGUCUCGGCAGAAUAGUGUUGUGGAGGCACCCGAAAAGGCUUUGAAGAGGUCUGGAAGGAUAGCUAAUAAGGAUAAGGGAUCAAGGUUGAGUGAUGAUAUUACUAAAGAAAAGAUGGUUACUAGGGGUAGGACAAGAAAUCAGUUUAGCUCGACUGUAGUAGCUUCAACAUCGGAAAGUGGAACCAAAAUUGUUGAAUCGAAGGGGAAACAUGAAGUGGUUCUUCAACUUGAAGAACCUGUAGAAGUUCCUCCUAGAAGAUGUGAUAGGCGCAAAUCUGUAUUGCCUUUGGAGAAAUUGAGAGGUGAUGAAGUUGCGGCCAAGAAGGAGAAAAGUAAUUUCUUAAAUGCUAAUGAUGAUGAGGUAAGGCAAAAAGUCACAGAAGAAGAACCAGAAGAACCCCAGAAGGCAUUGAAGCGGUCAAAAAGGCUUGCUACACAAGUGGAAGAUUCAGUAUUGGCCAAAGAUGAUAUUGCUGAAAAUAAAAUAGAUAUACCAACUGAAUCUCAAGGGACUCUUGAAGUGGUUCUUCAAACUGGAGAAGUUCCUAUCAGAAGUAAUAGGCGCAAAUCUGUUGUUCCUUCUUUGGAGAAAGUAAGAAGUGAUGAAGUUGGGGUUGUAAAGGAGAAAAAAACCUUAAAUGCUAAUGAUGGUGAUAUUGGAAGUAAAAGGACAAAAGAAGAACCCCAGAAGAUUUCAAAGCGGUCUAAAAGGCUUGCUAAUCAAAUGGAAGAUCCUGUACUUGCUAAACAUGAUAUUGCUGAAAAUAAAUUAGAAGAGAGGAGAUUGUCAAGAAGGAAUGUUGCUAAUGCAAAUCUAGACACCAAAAUAUUGGACAGAUCAGUGCAAGAAGAAACUUCUGUGGUAAAAGAAGAGAGGAGACGUUCUGGAAGGAGUGCUUCUAGACAUACACUUGCAGCAGUUUCAGAUGAUAAGAAGGAAAAGGGUGGGAAUAAGCUGACAAAGAGAAAUUGCACUGUUCAAGAUAAAGAUUCUACCAACAAGUUCACCCUUCAAGAUUUAGACUCAGCGAAACAGUCCAUAAGUAGUUCAAAGGCAAGUGUCAGGGCAUCAGUUGUUAAAAAGACAAGUACUGCAGGGAAGAAGCAGCAGGGUCGACUUAAAAGAUCAAAUGCGGAAGUAGAAGUACUCAUGCCUGAGGACAUGGAAAUAGUCAGAGAACCUGUCAAUAAAGAUUGUAAUAUCUCAGGGUCAGGAGGUACAAUGAGCUUCUCAAGAUCAUCUCUGAAUGAGCUAGAUGCUGUCCCAGAUGAUGUCAAUAUAGUUCUCGCUGGCACCAAGGAUGACACAACUGCUGAGUUGAGCAUCCUAGCUGACAAAUUAACUGAAGAAGGACCACUUGUAGAUGCAAAUUCUUCUCCAUCUGCAAAUAAAUCCGCAUCGAAAUCUCUUCCAUUCAGUGAUCCAUUCAACUCUGACGCUAGACCUGAGGAAAACCUAGUUGAGGAGCUUUUGCAGGUUGACCACGAGGAGCAGCCUGCAAGCAAAGGCCUAUGUCCUAGUUCUGUUUUGGCUGAUGAUGCAGUUCCAAAUGACCUAACUUUUGACAAACAGGAGCCUGGUGCAACAGUAGUAGAUAAUGUAGAAGAAUUUGUCACAGGAUUAUAUAAUGACGUUUUUGAUAAUUGUUCACUAAGCCAGAGUAAUAAUAUGGGAGAGAUCUUUGAUUCUGGAACUAAGGAUGAUGCAGCUGCUGAGUCAAGCCCCCUAGCUGACAAAUUGAUUGAGGAAGGACCACUUGUUGAUGCAAAUGCUUCCCCAUCUGAAAAUAAUUCCAUAUCUGAACCAUUCAGUGAUUCAUUCAACUCCAAUGCUACACCCAAGGAGAACCUAGUUGAGGAACUUUUGCAGUGUGAUCAUGAGGCGCCUGCAGGCAAAGAUCUAUGUCCUAGUCCAAUUUUGGCUGAUGAUGCUGUUCCAAAUGAAAUAACUUCUGACAAACAGGAGCAUGGUUCAAUAGCAGCACAUAAUGCAGAAGGAUUGUCUGAUGAAGUUCUUGGUAAUUGUUCACCAAGCCAGAGUGAAAAUAUGGAAGAAAACCUUGAUUCUGGCUUUAAAGAACAAUCGGAGACUGGAUGUGUUGUUACUGAAGGAGUAAGUCAUGGUGAACAGGAGCCUGCAAGCAAAGUCCUAUGUCCUGGUUCUGCUUUGGCUGAUGAUGCAGUUCCAAAUGACAUAAUUUCUAACAAACAGGAGCAUGGAACAGUUGAGGCAGAUAAUGCCGAAGAAGUUGACACGGGUUCAUUUAAUGAAGUUCUUGAUAAUAUGGAACAGCACUUUGAUGCUGGCUUGAAAGAACAAUCAGUGACUGGAUGUAUUGUUAUGGAGGGGGUAACUUAUGGUGAGCAGGAGCCUGAAAGCAAAGGCCUAUGUCCUAGUUCUGUUUUGGCUGAUGAUGCAGUUCAAAAUGACAUAACUUCUGACAAACUGGAGCAUGGUGCAAUUGCAGCAGAUACCGCAGAAGAAUUUGACUCAGGAUCAUCCAAGGAAGUUCUUGACAACUGUUCAGUAAACCAGAGUGAUAAUAUGGAAGAGAAGCUUGAUUCUGGUUUUAAAGAACCAUCAGAGACUCGAUGUAUUGUUUCUGUUGGUGUGAAUUAUGGUGCACAAGAGCUAACUGCAACAGACUAUGCAAAAGAGUUGGAUGUGGGGUUGUCUAGUAAUGUUUUGUUGGAUAAUCUAGGUUCUUUCAAUCAUAGCAAUGAGAUGGAAGGCAAAAUUUCUGAAGCAGAAGCUGAAUCUGAUCUAGUGGAAGCUAAUUAUGAUCUAGAUGCACCCACCUUCACAAGUCAAGGUGAAAUUCAUGCAGAAGAAUGUGGAAACUUGGAGGUGGCUGCUUCCGAGAAAACCGUUUCAAGUCCCAUAAAAGCAGUUCUAGAUCUUCUAGUUGCAGAACCUGGUAUUCUUGGUGAUGGCAUCACAUUACAUGUAACUCCAUUAGAGGACAGUGAUGAAGAGAAGCAAGGCGAAGACUUAAAAAUUUUGUUUGCCACUCCUGGUUAUGUUUCACAUUCUAAAGAAAAGAAAGAUUUUUUGGAUGGUGAUUCAAGGGACGAGGGUCUGAACAGAGAGGGGCAAGUUUCACCUAUUAGUGGUAAUGAUACAUCAAGUCUCCAAAGUUCUGUCCGUGAUUGUGGUGAACAUGGCCAAGGAGAGUAUCUGAAAAGAUUGUUUGCCACACCAUUUGGUAGUAAAUGCAGCAAGGUAGAUAUAGCAACUAGUAGUGCGAUUAAUGAGACAAGCAGUCAGUGCCAGCACAGUUUCCAUGAAAAUGAGCACAUCACAUUACAUGUAACUCCAUCAGAGGACUGUGAUGAAGAAAAGCAAGGCGAAGAGUUAAAAAUUUUGUUUGCCACUCCUGGUUAUGUUUCACAUUCUAAAGAAGAAAAGAAAGCUUCUUUGGAUGGUGAUUCAAGGGACGAGGGUCUCAACAGAGAGGGGCAAGUUUCUCCUAUUAGUGGUAAUGAUACAUCAAGUCUCCAAAAUUCUGUCCGUGAUUGUGGUGAACAUGGCCAAGGAGAGUAUCUGAAACGAUUGUUUGCCACACCAUUUGGUGGUAAAAGCAGCAAGGUAGAUAUAGCAACUAGUAUUGCGAUUAAUGAGACAAGCAGUCAAUACCAACACAGUUUCCAUGAAAAUGAGAACAUGGGGGAAGAUCUUAAAGGUUUGUUUGCUACGCCCUCUGUUGUUUCACAAUCUGUUGGAGACCUGCACUACCUUUUUCAAAAUCAAUUGAGUGGAGAAGCAAUGACCACUAGAGGACUUGGCUCAAGCGGAAAAGAAAAUUUAAGUGAAUCUGUCAGGAGUUUGAUUGAGAACAAGCAAGUGGAACAAGUAAGGACUUCAUUUGCCUCACCAGUCUCUGUGAAAUGCACUAACCAAGAGACUACUUCUACCAAAGGAAAGUGUAGCCCAAGUCAUGAAAUGCAAUCUUAUAUUUGCAGUGGAGUGGAAAGAGAUCUCAGUGAAUCUGAAGCCGGGUCUAUUGGAGUCAACCAAGCUCCUGAGACUUCACAUAUCACUGCUUUCAACUUUGGUGAUGAAAAUGAACAAGAAGAUCAAUUGAUAAUGCCUUUUGCUUCAGCCAACAUUACCCAGUCUACGGAUCAAAUGGAUGGAAUUCCAAGGAUGGCAGAAAACAAUAAACUUUUUAUGUCUGGCAAUGUUCAAGGUCUCUCUCGUAACAAAGUCUUUCCAGUUGCACAUCCAAGUGCUAUGGAUCUGGAAGAGCCUGAGAGCAUAGAUUCUAAACAUUCUGAAGAACAGAAUAAAGUUGAGAAGAUCAAAGAAACUGUUGAGUGGAUGAAAGAAUCCAGUGCUGUUGAAGAAGAGAACAAUGAAGGUCAGGGUAAUAUGCUCUCUGCAACAUCAGCUAAAAGCAUGACUCCAUUUCGCAAGGAUGAGCUUUCUUCUAAAAAACCUAAGAUCAAAGAAACUGCUGAGUGCAUGAAAGAAUCCAGUACUCUUGAAGAAGAGAACAAUGAAGGUCAGUGUAAUAUGUUGUCUGGAAUGUCAGCUAAAAACAUGACUCCAUUGCGGAAUAAUGAGUUUUUCUCUCAAGACACUAAGACAGCAGAUGUUGCAACGUCAGGAGAAAUGGUUGGAGACACAGAGAUGACUACAAGACAUGAAAGCUGUGUUCAGGAAAUUGUUGACAUAGAGGAACAAAAAAUCGAGGAAACAGUGGCUGACAGGGAUUUGUUGUUAUUUUCUCCUCAAGAACCUAAGACAGCAGAUGUUGCAAUGUCAGGAGAAAUGGUUAGAGACACAGAGGUGAAUACAAUACAUGAAAUCUGUUUUCAUGAAAUUGUUGACAUAGAGGAACACAAAAUUGAGGAAACAGUGGCUGACAGGAAUUUGUUGCUAAGAGGAGAUGUCUCUAGAGGUCUUGAAGAAGAUAUUUAUGUUGGAAUUGCAAAUGAAAGUACUUCUCCUGUUAUUUCAGAGCCUACAUGCAAUGAUAUUGGAUUUUCUGAACAGCAAAUGGUGCCGGAGAUCAAUCAGAGCAGUCCAAACGAAAGUGCUUCUCCUAUUUCAGAGCCUACAUAUGAUGAUAUUGAAUUUUCUGAACAACAAAUGUUGACAGAGAUCGAUAAGAGCAGUCUCGGGAACAUUAACACAUCUGAUGCUUUUAAUGAUGGUACUGAAGAUCACUUGAGACUGCAGUUUGCCACCCCAAUCAAAGAAGCAAACCUUUCCAGAUUGGGUGAAGCUUCUAGUUGUCAAUUGAAGACAGCAAUGAUUGCAAUGACUUCUGAAAUGGCUGGUAAGCAGCCUAAGCAAGGGUUUGAAUUUUCUGGAGAACCACUUACUGUAGAGAUUAUUAGUGGAGGUUCUGAUAGAACAAAAAGAUCUCAUUUCUCCAAAGAGAUUGAACAAUUUGAAGGAGGGCCUCUGUUUCCUACACCAUCAAAAGGUACACGUCCACUACAGUUUGAGGAAAGUCCUGGUUGUGAGGAAGAUAUCUUCAAGUAUCUAGAUGGUGUUAAGCUCCUUAACACUUGGGAACAAAAUUUUGAACAGCACGGAGAUCGUCAAUUUUCAAAUGAAAUAACUGAUGAUACAGGUGAAGCUACACUUCAUUGGUUUCAAACAAACGAUGACAAUGUUCCCAGACAGACAGAACUGGAGACACAGAAAGAAAUUGAUUCUGCCUGGCUGUUCGAGCCCUUGCAUGAGGAAGGGGAAGUCACAGAAGAUGAUGCUCUGGCUAAGGGCAAGGAAGACAAUCAUCCUGUACCAUAUCAAGAAUCUAUUGAAGACGAAUUAAUUAACACUGAUGAAGCAGCAAAAAGUGGUGCUGUAAGUGAUGCAGUUUGCCAACAACCUAACAUUCUUUUAACUGACAUCAAAACUGAGAACAUAACUCAGGAGAGCACAAGGAAGACCGAUGGCUUUUCUGUUAGUGCUGAAAGUGGAAUUCUUGAAUUUGAUGCUGAAUCCACUGCAUUAAGAAGUCAGGAACCGAUUAUCAUCACAGUAGAAGAGACUAAGGGAGAGGAAGUGCAAAAAUUAGAAGUGAGCAAUAUCAGUAAUGCUUUCCUAGAGAAUAUUCCCAAUGAUGAUGAAUAUGCAAAAAACAAUUCAACAGUUUUGCCUGCUGAUGAGCAGAUUCACUUUAUAGAACAUUAUGCGAUAGAAAAUGCUUCGAGCACUGAGGGGUUUACUGCUUUCACAAAUGAAUGUCAACAUGUUACUAAGGAAGAUGAUCUUGCUGCUGAGGGGGACAGACUUGUUAUAUUUGAAUCAAAUGAGAGCACGCCUACGAUUGUUAACAAUUCAGGUCUCACCACACAAAUGGACAUGCCUGGAAUAUUCACAGAAGAGCCUCAGCGUGUAAGUGAUCAAGAGAAGUCAAAUGCAGCUAAGCAACAAGAUGAGGAUUCUUUUGAUAAAAAGGAGCAUGAAUCAACCGGAGCAGUGUUAUCACCUUCUUCCAAAUCUCAUGAAAGCAUUAGCUUUAUUGAGGAAGGCAUUGCUGGUGAAGGUACAUUGAUAUUUGAGAAAAAGGAUGAGUUGGCUGAAAAGAAAGUAGCUUUAACCCCAGCAGCAGGUGUGGCUAAAACAUCUUUUGCCAAGCACUUGAACUCCACUGUGAAAAAGAAGAAUGCCAGAAGCAUUCUGAUACAUGGAACCCCUAACAAACUAACUCAGAUAGCUGACAUGAAAGAAAAUGCUCCAAAUGUUAAAGGAGACAUCGGCACUUUAUCUGCGUUAAGGCCUGAUAAACGACCUGCUUUGAAAGACCUCCCAAGGAAAUAGAAGAAACGUGUGUAAAUCUUGUGAGUUUUUUUUCUGUUUUGAUUGUCCUGGUUUGAUGAUUGCUGCAUAUCUCAUGGCCUAUACUUCUGUUACAUGAGAACAAAUAGGUUGUGUAAUUAUGUCAUUUUUAUGUUAUUCCAUGGGAUUGACAUUGUAACUGUCCUGAUUUUUUUGGUAAAAGAUUGAUUGACAAGAAUGUAAGGAUUUUAUUACCCAAAUCUCA